CGGGAGAAGAGGAGGAGAUGGCCACCGGAGACAUCACCACGCUUCCCUCCACGCAUGAAGACGGCAGCAGCGGCUUCCCACCCGGAACCUUCAAGGAGCCCAAAAGGUUGUACUGUAAAAAUGGGGGCUUCUUCUUACGGAUCAAGUCAGACGGGGGAGUGGACGGAAUCCGAGAGAAGAGCGAUCCCCACAUAACACUUCAGCUGCAGGCCACAUCCGUCGGCGAGGUGGUCAUCAAGGGUGUUUGCGCCAACCGCUACCUGGCCAUGAACAGAGACGGACGACUGUUUGGAGCGAGACGAGCGACUGAGGAAUGUUACUUUUUGGAGCGUCUGGAGAGCAACAACUACAACACGUACCGCUCCAGGAAGUACCCCACCAUGUACGUGGCGCUGAAGCGGACCGGCCAGUACAAAUCCGGAAGCAAAACCGGACCAGGUCAGAAGGCCAUCCUCUUCCUCCCGAUGUCUGCCAAAGGCUAACCUGGAAGGAGCCAGAUUCAUGUUCAUGUCUUAAAUUGUGAUGGCAGCGAACGUAUGUCGCCACUGUCCGAAAGAAGUAGCUGUGAUGUUAUUACGACUGUUCUGUCAUUUUAUUCCGAUGCACCUUUUGUCUUUCACCAACUGGGUGAUAAGAGAACCAGAGGGCUUGCUGAAGAGGACUUCGGAUCAUACCUUCAGAUUAUGUGACUUUCUUUCAGCUAAGGCUUUCAACAUAAGGUCUCUUGGAGAAAGAUGUUUAAAAAAGGAAGGGGGGGGGGGCAUUUCACACACUUUAAAGGAAACCUCGAGCACGUAUUCUACCUUUCCAUGCAUCUUCCUGAGAUGUCCUAUAGCAUUUGCGCUGCACUGGAGCAGAACCAAACCAAUGCAAGUGAAGUGAAUGCGUUUCAGUUUAGUCUGACGGCAGGCAGCUCACUGCGACGAGAGACGACAUAGAUACUGUCUGGUAACUUAGCCAGAAGAGACUGUUUUUAAGCAUGCUACAGACAGUAGCUUCUGGUACGAAGAGGUACACCUUUCUGUUCCCAACUCGACCAAUUUGACCGUGAUAUGCUAGGUAAGGUUCAUGGAGGUAGGUCGUGAGUAUCGGCGAUUGGAGAAGCUGAUGUUUAAAGUGUUUUUGUGUGUAUAACAUGCCAGCCACAAUUUUAUUUGGAUUGUUUCCAAGUUUUGUGCCUUUGUAGCAGAACUUCAAAGUGGGCUAUCCCGCACUUGUUGGCUCAGUUUGAAAAGUUGAAAGGGAGCAGAACUCCCAGAGGCACCAAGGACUUGAUCAGUGUCCACACCAACAAUCUUCUCAAAUUGAACACCAGCUCGAUAGAAUAAACAGUAUUUGUAGUAGGUAGUAGUAGUCCAAUAAUAAAUAGUCAAGAGUUGUACCAAGAACACUAGGUUCAGUCCUGGUCCUUGCGCCGUACGUUAUGGCUAAGAUGUAGGAAUCCGUCGAUGGUAGAGCUGGUAAAACAUCCCCGAGUAGACGGCGGGGAGCUCCUCCAUGCCAAGGUCGAUGCACUCGAACCCACGCUCCAGGCCGUGCAGCAGCAGCCUGGCCACUCGGGCCGUGAUGGCCGUUGUGUCGGCAGUCCGCGCCAGCUCGGCGAGGCUGAGCCACUCGCAGCGCUCGCACUCGUGCGUGCAGAAGUGGAUGUCGUAGCUGAGCGGGCUGAGGCGGCAGAUGACGUACAUGUCGGACAUGCCGAAGGCGCCCGGGUGGUUGUGCUGCUGACGGAUGCUCAGCAGGGAUCGGAACUCUGAACGGACGCCCGUUUCCUCGAAGACUUCCCGCACCGCCGUCACUCCUGGGAAGGAUUCAAUGUUGCAGAUUAACAGGAAGUUAUAACUAUGAUACGAAAGCUGCUUUUCUCUCUUCAUGCGCACUUCAAAUGAAUGUACAGUACAUCAGGGGGUUCUCAGAUUUUUUUUUGGGGUCCAGGUAGCUCUUAAGGGGACAGACACAUUUUUCCAAGGACCACCUCAUAAACCUAAUGCCCAUUAAACCGAACUACCACGGUGUAGGAAUUAAAACGUUGCCUAUUUAUUGAGGAAAAAAACUUGAUAAAGUUGCGAUAACAAAGAGAAAACGUUGUAAUGUUAUGAGAAUAAAGUAGAAUUUUAAUCUUAACAAGAACAAAGACUAAUUAAAAAACAAACCCAACAACAACAAAAAACUUAAUACAGAUAUGCGUGACCCGACUAAUGACUAUUGUUUUUCAAAGCAAAAUAUCAUUCGGACAAUUUUUUGCUUUAAAAAACGACUACUCUUACUGCAGCUUACGGAUUCACAUACAGUAGUGAUGAAACAUUUCUUCAUUUGUCUGAAUGACUGCAUUAUACUGCCCCUGGUGGCCAUGUUGUGCACAGCAGAAGGAGCCACAAUGAAUUAAUCAUGAUGCACAAACUGUUUUAUUCUUUACAUUCUAUUCUAUUUAAUUGUUAUUAUUACUAUACGUUUUAUAAAGUACAAUAAUAUAGAGUGCUCUUUUCUUUAUUAAAAAAACUAGAAAAAGUUUUUGUUUUGUUUUUGGGUGGGGGGGGG